AUGUCGCAGCCUUCGACGCAAGGCCUGACGCCUGUACAAUGCCGGAAACUCGGCGGAGCCACCGGUCUGAUGCCGGAACCGCGCUGGAACAAAAAAAACAAAAAAAAAAACCCGGACGUCCUCCUCAACCGCCAUCACCCCUACUGCACACCGAAUUUGCCGCUGCCGAACGUCAAAGCGCUCUCCGAUGAAGAAGCAAAGAAGUUAUCAGGCAUGGAAGAACUGGUGUCUGUGUUCCCUAGCAAGCAAAGACAACUUCACACCACAAGAUCAUGGAACUUCAUGGGGUUCCCAUCAAGCGCUCCGCGUGGGCCCUUCGAGUCAGAUGUUGUCGUCGGCAUGAUCGACACAGGGAUCUGGCCCGAGUCCCAGAGCUUCGACGACGCGGACUUUGGCCCGCCGCCAAGCAAGUGGAAGGGCACAUGUCAGUCCAACCACAACUUCACAUGCAACAAUAAGAUCAUUGGAGCUCGGUACUACCACCUUCAAGGAAAUAUAAGUGAUGAUGAGAUACCCUCCCCGCGUGACAAUGAGGGCCACGGCACUCACACAUCCUCCAACGCCGCCGGCCGUCUCGUCACAAAUGCAAGCCUAGCAGGCAUUGCACAGGCUCGCGGGGGCGUCCCUUCUGCAAGAUUUGCAGUUUACAAAGUCUGCUGGUUUAGUGGAUGUUCCGAAGUUGACAUUCUCGCCGCCUUCGAUGAUGCCAUCGCCGAAGGUGUCGACAUCAUCUCUAUUUCGAUUGGUGGUGGCAAAAACUACUUCCAGGACCCCAUAGCCAUAGGAUCUUUCCAUGCGAUGAAGAACAGCAUUCUGACCUCGAGCUCCGCGGGGAACUCUGGUCCUAGCAAUUCUAGCGUUGGGAAUUACGCGCCAUGGCUUCUUACUGUGGCAGCGAGCACCAUUGACCGCAAGAUCGUUGCACAAACUAAGCAUGGUAAUGGAGCAGAAUUUCAGGGGAUGUCAGUGAACACCUAUGGCUUGGAUGGAGCAAUGUAUCCUUUGAUAUUGGGCAAAAAUGCACCUAACAUUUCAGCCGGUGCCGACCCAUUUCUCUCAAGUGGCUUAGGCGACGGCUUGGGGCCGCAGCUUGCAGGAGCGGUUGGAGCAAUCAUGCCGGCAAUGGGUGCUAAUGAUUUCUCUUUCGAGUUCUCGCUUCCCGCGUCAGUGUUGGGACCAAACAGCGCCAAACAACCGGACCUAACAACACCAGGGGUGGACAUUUUAGCAGCAUGGUCUCCACUUGGGGUAGAGAAACUCGGAGUACCUUAUAACAUUAUACCGGGCACAUCCAUGGCUUGCCCGCAUGCCACCGGGGCUGCCGCCUAUGUCAAGUCAUUUAAUCCAACUUGGUCUUCAGCUGCCGGCCUUAGUAAGGUUAGCCUUUCAAACAUUGAUAUCCUCCUUGCAAAACCCCAAUAG